AUGGCCUGCAAUGGCUUCUUGCUCUUCUUCUUUUCUGUCUUAGUCAUGCAAUAUUUUCUUCUAAUGGCCACUGCCCAACCCACCAACGCAUAUAAUUAUUGUAACUACACAGCAAAUUACAGUUCCAACAGUGCAUUCCCAGAAAAUCUCAACACUUCCUUUUCUUACUUAUACGCUAACGCGCAAAGCAACGGGUUUUACAAUACCACCGCCGGCGAGAGUCCCGACAAGGUGUACAUUCUAUAUCUAUGCAGAGGAGACAUCUCCCCCGGGUUAUGCCAGAUUUGCCUCAUGGAAGCCAGAGAAGCCAUAACGAUGAUUUGUCCAAAUCAGGAAGAAGCUUUUAUAAUGUACGAUGAGUGUAUGUUACGGUACUCGAAUCGAUCUAUAUUCUCGGUUAUGGAGAAAUCUCCAGACGUCUGUUUCUUUAGCCACUACAGCAUUAAUACAGACCCAGAUCAAUUUAGUGCAACUUUGGCGGGUUUGAUGGAUGACCUUGUUAUGAAGGCUAAUUCUUCUAGCAAUUUGUUUGCUACUGGAGAUGUCAAUUAUACAUACUAUAGCAAGAUAUAUGGUCUGGUUCAGUGUACCCCGGACAUUACUCCAGUUGAUUGCAGCACUUGCUUACAUUUGUCUGUUGAAGAAAUGCUUCAUUCCUUUGAUGGGCAGCGAGGAGGAAGAGUUAUCAGGCCAAGCUGCAAUAUUAGGUACGAAAUAUACAAUUUUUACAAUUCCAGGGAUGCUACACCAGCUCCAUCUCCUCCAGCAGCUUCAUUGCCAUCGCCACCAGUCUUGCCAAACAUCAGAGAGAAAAGGAGGCUGUCUUCAAAGGCAAUUAUCGCCAUACAUAUAAUCGUUCCACUAGUUAUCGUGGUAGUGCUUUUAUCCAGUUUGUGCUACCCUUACCGAAGUUGGAAAGCUAAGAAGAAGCACAAUGCUAGAAAGAAGGAAAUAGAUCCUGUAAAACAAGAAGAGUUAAAUUGGUCGAGACGCUAUAAGAUCAUAAGAGGGAUUGCUCAUGGACUUUUAUAUCUUCAUGAAGAUUCUCAACUCAAAAUUAUACAUUGUGAUCUGAAAGCUAGUAAUGUUUUGUUGGAUAAGGACAUGAAUUCAAAGAUUUCAGAUUUUGGUUUGGCACGGAUUUUCACAGUGGAUCAAAGUCUAGGAUGUACCAGCAGAAUCCGAGGCACAUAG